UAGGAAACGAUAAUGCAAUGACCGUUUCGCCCAUUCCUGUUUAUCAUCUGCAAGGGAGAUCGACGUAGAUCAUUGUCAUUACCUUUUAAGUGACCACAGAACUCUGUACACAUUUCUAUGCGACUGAGUACACUACACAUUCACUCCAUCUCAACUCUGACACACCAUUGUUUGCUCUACGGCCAGUCUGAUACCGAGUACUCUGCUGCGAUGCCCACCCUUCAAGACAAUAUGCGGGAAUUCUUGAGAAAUGCGCAAAGUACAUUCUAUAGCCUUCUUGAUCGCAUUGCUAGCCCGGAACAGCGAUCAAAUACAUCCCUCAAGAUCCAGCAUUUCGCAGCACAUAACCCGAAAAUGGCAGCCUUCAUCGCUUCUCAAAUAAUCUUCACCGGACUCCCUCUGCUGCUCUUCUUAUCAUUCUCUGUGACAGCCCUGCUUCUCUCUACGAUGACGGCAUUGCUCAUUGGCCUACUUAUUGCCGGUCUAUUUACUGUACUUGCGGUCGGCGUGGCCUUCAUUCUUCUUUUACCAACUAUUUUCGUGACUACUUUCGCGGCAUCAUUCGUUUACUUGUGGGGCUUUUCAGCUUACUACCUGUUCAAGUGGAUUGUCGACAGUGAAAGUGACCCGGAGGCGGGCAUUGGGAGCUCGUUCAAUCGUUUCACUGGAGGGCGAACAAAGUGGUUAUUCGACGGAUCAGGUGGUCAAGAUACCGCGAGAAUCGCAAUUAAAAAUGGCGAUCAUGCUAAUGGAGACGGGGGUGACCUAAGAGAGAAGCCUAGGCAUCGGCAGCAGGAUGGUAACAUGAUAGCUAACACCAGUGGAGGAGCGGAGGUGGAGGAACUCGCGGGUAGCACUGAAAAUACAUCAACGGACCAGGCAUAUGGGAUACAGAAGUAUGGCGAGUUUACCAGUAGGUGAGAGUGCGAGCAGAAUCAGCUCGAGUCUUGAGUGCCUCAUCGGGUUAAAUACAGAUAUUAUCACUACAAACUCAAUUCCGAAUUCUCACUAUGCAGCCUCGCUACUCGCUGGACGGUAUUUUGAUUCUCUAGAAGCCGACAUGUAUUUCAAGGAAUGAGCUGAGGCGCAUCGUAUGCAUAGAAGUAAAUUUGAACGAGACUGGUUCACAC